AUGCCUCUGCGAGUUAUUAUUAUCGGUGCCGGCGUUGCUGGCCUAACGACUGCAGUCUCCUUGCGUCGCGCCGGCCAUGAGGUGAAGAUCUUGGAACGAUCGACCUUCGCGGCCGAGGUAGGAGCGGCACUCAAUCUAGCACCCAAUGGAACCAGAAUGCUCCGCGAAUUGGGAUUUGAUGAAGAACGGGCGCACUGCGUGCAGAUGAUGAACUGGGAUACGGUCAAUGGCGUCACCUUGGACCGCGUCGCUUGCCAGGAUGUCAGCCGAGCCAGUGAACGCUUCGGCGCGCCAUAUGUUGCGGUGCAUCGGGUGGAUUUGCACGAAGAGCUGAUGAGACUGGCGGCCGUCAAUCAGCCAGACGGGGUCGUACUUCAUUUAUCCUCUACCGUAGUGCAAGUCUACCCGGAAGAGGGACGUGUUAAAUUGGAGGAUGGCUCGGUGGAACAGGCGGAUCUGAUUGUGGGGGCAGACGGGUUGCAUUCUGUCGCCCGCGCCGCGGUCAUCUCAUCGACGGCUAAGUUUACUGGGCUGAGUGCAUUCCGCUUCCUGGUCCCGACGGAGGUCCUCGAAAAUGACCGUGCUGGUCGAGAGUUGCUGGACUGGAAAACGCCAGGAGCCACCAUGUUUGUCGAUCCAGGCUCUGUCGCCGUCGACCAAGAGAGGCACCUCAUGUGGUAUCCGUGUCGCAGGCAAGAACCACUUGGGGAAGUCGUCAAAUGCUGGCCCUUAUUCCAGAUUGAUCCAUUGCCCACGUGGGCGCGCGGGAAACUGGUGCUCAUAGGAGAUGCUGCUCAUCCGAUGCUUCCCUUUGGCGGCCAGGGAUCCAACCAGGCCAUCGAGGAUGGAGCGGCGAUCGGGUUUCUUCUCGCCAAUGUUGACGAUGAGGCUCAGGUGCCACAGCGUCUUCAACUAUUUGACCAAGUCCGGCGACGGCGGGCAUCUCGGGUGCAGAUUCUAUCCUCCGUACGCGCUAACCGGGAAGCUGUAGUGGAAGACAAAGUGAAACAGUUCAUGGAAGAUGGCGUGAUAUGUGGGUUGACCGUGUCGGUGAACUUUCAUCCCUGGCUAAUUCUCUUAGUUCCGAACUCCUUCGCCGCCCGAGUUGCCCAUGACGCU